AUGGAUAUUAGAGGAAGGAAAAUGAGAAAGCCUCCUGCCUGUGUGCAAUGUCGUAAGAGGAAAAUUGGUUGUGAUCGUGUCAAGCCAAUGUGUGGUAAUUGUAGGAAAAGUAACCGAGGCGAUUGUUUUUAUCCUGACGUCCCUGGUAGAUACGUGCCAUCAUCAUCAUCCACUAAAAGUACUGUGGAAAAAUCUGAUAGUAGAAUAUUUCUCAAUAAUCAUACGGGAGUUACCCAUUCGAAGGAUUCUUCUUCCACUUUACAACAUAAUCCUGAAUUAGCGUCAUUGGAACAGAUCAGAGAAUAUAACACGCGUUUACAAUUAUUGAAUGCUCAGGAACACAAUUUCAUAAGUGCAAGUAACGGCAUCUCUCAGGAAAAUCUACAAUUUAUUCCAAGAACAACACAAAAUUUUGAAAAUAAGCCUGUCACUUCCGCAAGUGAUGCACCACUACAUUUAAAUUGGGUACAGGGACCUGCUAUAUUUGAUCAAAUUACUACUCCAUAUACUCAGGAGGAAGUUUUAUUCAAAGAAAUGAAUUUUUUGAAGGCAAGAUUGCUGGAAUUACAAGAAAUUACAGGCAAAAAAGUAAUUGACAUAAAUUCUUUUGAUCCUGUCAAUGCGUCAAUAAAUAAUGAAUCACACGCAAAGAGGAGAAAAUUACCUUAUGAGAGCGAAGAUGAUGAAAGAAAAGAAAUUGAUGAUAAUUCCCAAGAAUUCGAUGAAAAUUUUGAUGAAUUCAAAGAUUUAGAUCCACAAUUCCUGGAUCCAAAAGAAGUUUUCUCCAUUUUUAACAAUGCCAAUAAGUCAUUAAAUCUUGUCGAUAAACCAAAUUCUAUCUUUACGUUCAAUUUUUUGACUCUUAGGGAUAAGUUUCUUUCCAAUUUUAGACAGUCAUUGCAUGAUAUGGUCCAAAACAAAUUCAAAACAAAUUUAGACAAUUGGGAACUAUUGCAAUCAAGCAAGUCAAAUUCAUCUACAACUUUAAAUGAAAUUAGAUUUCCGUCUCGUGAUGUUACUCAAGAAAUGAUCAAAAAAUACAUUGAAGUUGUAAAAGAAUCAAGUACUUUAAUUCCUAUAUUAAAACCAAACGAUCUCCUAAUUUCUAUUGACCAAUCUUUUGGAAGAGAACCAGUCUUCAAACCCACAGAGGCAAACCUAGGUCAAUUACUGACGUUUGGGCAGAUCUCUAUUUGUUUACUGCUAACAUACGAAUCAUUAAUAUCGACUGUUCUAAUAAUAUUCAAGAACGACGAAGAGAAAGCUUCAUUUAAUCAACUGAUUAAAUUUACCCCUAUCUUACAAAAUAACCUCAAUUUAAUCAAAUUCGAAUUAGAUAAACGCAAAAAGACAACAACACCAAUUGAAACAUUACGAUUCCUUGCCCUUUGGAAGUUCUACCAAUCAAUUACUAGUAAUGCUGAUCAAAGUAAUUACAUAGAUUUUGAUGAAGAUAUCCAUUUCGGUUUACAUUAUUCGAUAAAUCAUGAUCAAAAGAAUGAAUCAAAUAUUAUUUUAUGGAACUUUAUUUUAAAACAUUAUUGCUGGAGACAUUUGUUCAAUGGUGAGGUCCCAAAUCUUUUAAGUAUGGAAAAAUUAGACGGAUCCAAAAUCUUAGAUUCACUACUGAAAAACAAUCAUGAAUUUAUAAAUUUUGAAAUUGAAAUGGUAAAAUAUUUACAAUCAAAUGAUAAAGUACUCUCCAUAUCAAAAGUAUUGGCUUUGAAGUCAAUAUACCAGGCCAAAUUUAAUGAACAAAAUACGAAAUGUUUCAAUUCAACUACAAUUUUGAAUAAUGUUGUCGAUUCAUUAAUUUAUAGGAAUUCAAUACUGUUCUUAAACUAUUUCUUAUUAUUACAAUAUGAAAAUCUGGGAGAUCUGGAAAAAUUCAAUAGAACAUAUUUAGACUUUCUACAAUUGGUCCAAGACACAAUCUUUUUCAUUUUCUCCAAUUUAGCCAGCAAAAAUUUUGCUGGUUACGAAUUUUUGUACAUUCAUAAGUUAUUCAUAACUUUGGGUAACAUAACGGAGAUGGUAUUUGGUGUUAUUUUGCGCUGUAAGUUUACAUCACAACCGAUGAGUGCUGAAAAGUCCAAUGCCCUGAAGAAUCAGAAUGAAUUACUAAGUCUAAUCAUCGGAAAGUUGCUAAUGUUAUUAGAAGAUUACAUUAAAAACUGUAAAAUUAGACUCCCCGUAAUUGAUAAUAUCAUUAAUAGAAUGAAAGUCAUUCUAGAAUAUGAUGCUAUCAAUAGUGAAACUCUAAAACAAAUCAAUUCAUCGUCAGUCUUUAAUGUGCCAAAUGAAUUUGAACAUGCUGAAGUAAACGACUUGACUAAAUUCAACAAUAAGAUCAAGAAUAUUUCCGAAUCGUUGAUCAAUUCAGAUUUUUACAGUAAAAGGCAACCAUACAUUGCACAAAAUAUUGAAUCAUAUGGAUUUACGCAUGAUAAUUUCAAUAGUUUUUAUAAGUCAUUACAACAUUAG